CUGUCAACACAAUCAUGAGGUGAUGUUAGCACUGAGUUGUGUUGUCAUAAAAAAUCAGUAAUGCCGGACCUUUCUGACUCCACGAGGAUGCUUCCAUUCAUCAGGACCGUUUGGACUUUAUUGAUGGUGAUCUCCACUUCAACCAGCAGCCCGUUGUCCCCCCGCCGGGCGCUGAUGUCGCAGUCCACGCGGUUGUGCGUGAAGUGGCUGAGGGUGACCCUGCAGGUGGACCGCAAGUAGUAACUGGAGCCGUUGAAAGGUUGGACCACACCGCUGCCGAAUGUCUUGCAAGUGACUGGCGACAACAGUGGCAGCAUCUUUGCGUCACGGUCGACGCUGCACGGUGACGAAGUCAUCCUCCACUCCUCCUAUCUCCUCCAAGUCUCUCAUCAGGACCAAAGGGACGAGAUGGACUGAUGCACGCCGCGCGCAACUUUGCUCCACACGGCGCGGUUGUCUCGGUUCCAAAAGCCGCCGAUAGUGAGUUUGACGUGCGCAGAAAAAGGGCUCGCUUCAGUGACGCGUCGGAGUUGGAUUUUUGUUUUGUUUUUUAUUCCCCUAUGUCGCGAAAGCAGUCGGACCAUGACUACAACCUGCGGAGUAUGAGCAACCUGAUGGGCGAACGCUGGAGGAAAGUGAACGAUGGAGGAGAGCGGAGCCUCAUCAAGGCUCCAUCCAACGCGAGCAUCAGCAGCCUGCAGGUGGCCUCGUCUUCCUCCGGCGCCCCGGCAGCCCCGUCAGCCCCGGCAGCCCCGUCCACCUCCACCGGGGACCUGGAGAGGGCUGCGCGCAAGCAGUUCCAGCAGGACGUCACGCCCGCCUUCGUCUACAUCCUCUCCGCCUUCUCCGCCCUGGGAGGCUUCCUGUUCGGCUACGACAGCGGCGUGAUCUCCGGGGCGAUGCUGCUGCUCAAGCGGCAGCUGGAGCUGAGCGCACUGUGGCAGGAGGUGCUCAUUUCAAGUACUGUGGCCGCGGCCGCCUUGGCCGCCCUCCUGGGCGCCUUCCUCAACGGGCUCUUCGGGCGCCGGGUGUGCAUCCUGCUGGCCAGCUUCUUCUGCGCCGUCGGCGGGAUCGUGAUGAGCGCCGCGCCCGGGAAAGAGGUGCUGUUGACGGGGAGGAUCCUUGUUGGAGUCGGGCUCGGCAUCGCCUCCAUGACGGUGCCCGUGUACAUCGCAGAGGCCUCGCCGCCGCACCUCCGCGGCCAGUUGGUGACCGUCAACACCCUCUUCAUCACCGGCGGACAGUUCGCCGCCAGCGUCGUCGACGGCGCCUUCAGCUACUUGCAGCGCGACGGCUGGAGGUACAUGCUGGGCCUGUCGGUGGCGCCCGCUGUUCUCCAGUUUGUGGGAUUCCUCUUCUUGCCCGAGAGCCCUCGCUGGCUGAUCCAGCGCGGGCUGACCCAGAAGGCCCGCCGAGUGCUCAGCCAGAUCCGGGGCAACCAGAACAUCGACGAGGAGUACGACAGCAUCAAGAACAGCAUCGAGGAGGAGGAGAAGGACGGCGGAGGAGAUGGCCCUGUGAUCUGGCGCAUGCUGACCUACCCCCCCACGCGGCGGGCUCUUUUCGUGGGUUGCGGCCUGCAGAUGUUCCAGCAGCUUGCAGGAAUCAACACCGUCAUGUACUACAGCGCCACCAUCCUGCAGAUGUCUGGCGUGCGGGAUGACCACCUUGCCAUCUGGCUUGCCGGCCUCACCACCCUGACUAACUUCCUGUUCACGCUGCUGGGGGUGUGGCUGGUGGAGCGAGUGGGCCGACGGAAGCUCACGCUGGGCAGCAUCGUCUGCACGUGUCUCAGCUUGUGCGUGCUCGCCGUGGGCUUCCUGCUGUCAGCGCAGCACAGUCCUCCUGUCACCUUCCACCCGUUAGAGCCCGCCAAGGCCAACACAACCUGCUUCAAAUAUCAGCUGUGUGAGCCGUGCAUGCUGGACCCGGCCUGUGGCUUCUGCUACCGGGAGAACGGCUCAGGACUGCUCACCUCCUCCUGCGUUCCCGUCAAUAAGGCCUCCACUGAGCAGGCGGCGUGGGGCAGGUGUUCCAACUCCAGCCGGAUGAGGGAGCACACCUACUGGGCCUACAACUACUGUCCCACCUCCUUCUCCUGGCUGGUCUUGUUGGGGCUGAUGCUCUACUUGGCCGCUUUCGCACCUGGUAUGGGCCCCAUGCCCUGGACCAUCAACUCGGAAAUCUACCCGCUGUGGGCGAGGAGCACCGGCAACGCGUGUGCAGCAGGAGUCAACUGGACCUUCAAUGUUCUGGUCUCGCUCACCUUCCUCCACCUGGCCCAGUUCUUCACUUACUAUGGAGCGUUCUUCCUCUACUCCAGCAUGGCUUUCCUGGGCUUCAUCUUCAUCUUCGGCUGCUUGCCCGAGACCAAAGGCCGGCGUUUGGAGGAAAUCGAAGCGCUGUUCGAGAACCAGCUGUGCUCGUGCGGCGCGUCCGAUUCGGAUGAGGGGCGGCAGGUUGAGUACAUCCGUGUUAAAGGCUCCAACUACCAUCUAUCAGACAACGACGCGUCCGACGUAGACUAGAUGUGUUGUCAUUUGUUCAAUGACACACAGGGUGCUCUUGGUUUGAGCCUCUGUGGGUGUUAAUGUUCUCACUUCUUGGUGGACAAAUCUCAAACCAUGCAGUAACAUUUAGAGGUGUCUUCUUUGUGGACACUUGAACAAACAACAGGAACCAUUGAAGCCUAUAACUGAAGGAUAAUCCGUGAAUCAUCAACAUGUAGCACAGUCGUAUUAUUUGGAGCUUCUAUUUCGAUGAGACGUACUGAGAGUGGGUGUCUGCCAACACCAGACUAGUAGCACUAAAAGGAUCUUUCGUAGGGGCGUGACUCUUUGGACACCUAACGUUUGAUCCGAUUCCGAUUCCUGGGGUGACCAUUUGACUCACCACAAUUUUUGAUUCAAAUCAAUUCUCACAAUUUUGGUAUAAUAAUUCGAAUGUUACAGUAUAUACAGUGUAUAUAUAUAAAUAUAUACAUAUAUGUAUGUAUGUGUG